GCUAUGGCACUUUUAUCCAAUGGUGCUUCAUCAAUGCAAAUAACGCCACAGUCCGGCAACUCCAAGCAAAACAGCAACAAAGAUGGCAACGUUGAUUUCAACUCGAACGAUCACAUUUUCUUCUCGAACUUGUUCAAUGCGCUGCCACGGUGGGACGCACCUGGAAAGGUUAGCUCCGGUCCGGUAUCUGUGCCGCAGAGGUAUGCCAGUAGCAGUGCUACGAGUUUCAGCAACCCAGCAUCGCUGGAAAGGGACAGCUUGAACCUAACGGAUGAUGUACUGUUUUCCAACGUACUAGGCGCAAUAGGGACAUCCAGCGGAAGCGCCCCGACCAAUGAUAUUUUAGGUGCAAUAGGUACUCACAUGACCCCAAGUACUUCGCCGCAGACGAACUCAUCGAACGGAAGCUCGCACUGCGCAUCAUCUUUGGGAGCUGUUUGUGGUCGCUGUGACACACAUGCAAUCAGUCGUUGCCUAGAUUGCAAUGAUGUCCUAUGUGAAGACUGUACACAUGGACAUAGCAAGAACACAUUCGCUAAAGAUCACUGUGUUAUCUCAAUACACACGAUCUCACCGAUUGGAUCGGCUGCUGGAGCACAAAGUAUUCCUCUAGCUAAUCAACCGCAUUGCGAUGUACAUGGCGAGGUGCUGCGCUAUUUAUGCGAAUCAUGCAAAAAAAUUGUUUGCCAGGAGUGUACCCUAUGGGAUCAUAAGGAUCACUCCUGCAUUCCGGUAGCUAAUGUAUCGCAAGGGGCAUCCGAAAAGAUUCUAUCAAUAAUCGAGAGCGGUAAGCUAGGAACCAAAUACAUUAAGGCUAGCAUUGAUCGGGCCGUUACAUAUUCACAAGCAGUUGAAAGAGAUGCAAUGGAGGCUUCAGCAAGAAUCCGAAAGGCUAUGCGACAUUUCAUUUUAGCCGCCGAAGAUCGCGAACGUACUUUGUUAGAACGUGUUGACAAAUUUCGGCAACAAAAACUCACAUCACUCUCCGAUCAAAUGGCAGGAUUGCGAGCAGCGCUAUCUGGACUCUCACAAACAUCAGAUAUGCUUACAAAAGCACUAGACUCCGUAGCCACAAUGAACAAUAUGGACAUUGCAAAAACCUUGACUGCCGGAGAAAACCAAAUGGAACAAUUUGCCGCGAUGUAUAAGAAUUUGCAACCAAAAGAGGAGUUCAUCACGUUCGUAGCGCCUAAUUUUGAACUCCUGCAAGACAUCCGUAUGCAAGGUGACGUACUUCUUGUUGGGCAAAGGAGCAACUCGUUUUCAAAUGGAUCAAAUGUAUGCAUUCAACCACCAAGUGGCAACAUAUUGACUCGCCGUCCUAUAGUUCGUAGUUCAACCCCUGCCCAACGGCUCAGUUCCUCGUCCUCGUGGGAUCAAAUUCCUUCUUCGAAAACCGUACUGGGGACGUCUCCAACAUCUAUCGGCAUCGGACCGAUUCCAGGCAUGCCAGUAUUAGGACAAUGCAUUCCUGGGUGUACUUCUCAUGUUUCGGCUAAACCGGCUGUUGGCCCUAGUACAACCUUCGGGUUUGAUGGACACGAGGAUGGCCAAGUUUCUAGACCGUGGGGAAUUGCUGUUGACAAAGAUGGACAUGUUUUGGUGGCAGAUCGCCGCAAUAAUAGAGUACAAGUGUUUUACCCGGACGGUACUUUCAAGCUGAAGUUCGGAUCUAAGGGAACUGCCAACGGCCAAUUCGAUCUUCCUGCGGGAAUCUGCACCGACGGUCAAAAUCGGAUUAUAGUAGUCGAUAAGGACAAUCACCGUGUUCAGGUCUUUUCUACUAAUGGGCUGUUUUUGCUUAAGUUUGGAAGCUAUGGCAAAGACUGCGGCCAGUUCCAGUAUCCUUGGGAUGUAGCUGUCAAUAUCAAAGGCGAGAUUUUGGUUACCGAUUCUCGCAAUCAUCGGAUUCAAUUGUUCAACUCGGAGGGUCAGUUCAUAUCUCGCUUCAGUUUCGAUGGGGUGAAUCAUAGCCGAUACUUGAAAGGACUGACAACACCCCGCGGAGCUUGUUUCACACCGCAAGGCGAUGUGAUAAUAUCGGAUUUCGAAAACCAUCGUUUGUUGCUCAUUGAUGCAACAUUGACUAAGGUAUGUAAAUAAUAAAUAUGACCGAAU